UGUAUGUGUGUGUGUGUUAUCCAAUUCCUCCACCAAUCACACUGAUCGGGGCUGCAGAUAUAAACCCAGCGAGUGUGUGAGUGUGUGUACGAUUUUCAACGUGAGCGACGAUGAAGACUCUGACCAUCCUGCUGCUCUCCGCUCUCAUCGGCCUGUGUGCAUGCAUGGGUGUGUCUGACACAACAGUUAAUAAAGCUGAUUCUCCCAGUGAUGCAGGCGUGUUUGUGGAGAGAGAGGAGGCAUCGAUUGCGGUGAGACAGAAAAGAGCAACAGCAGCUGCAGACCUGUCGCUGGCUCAGUUAGAGAGUCUCCGAGAGGUGUGCGAGGCGAACCUGGACUGUGAGAAUAUGAUGGACACAUCUGGAAUCAUCGCCGCCUACACCAAACACUACGGGCCAAUCCCCUUCUAGAUGCACACCAAGCCAACCAAUCACCUUUAAGGAUGCUGGAAUGGGCGGGGCCAUAGAGAGCCGAGAGUAGAUUAGUGCCAUAUUUGACUGUUAUCCAGAUUAGAGUAGAAGUGAGUAGUGUUUUAUAUUGAUGUGUGUAACCCGAGAGUGGAAAUGUCAAUAAUGACAUCACACGAUGACAUCAUCAGUCGUGCGCAUCAUUGUGUUAGAGAUGAAAGAGGACGUAGUAAUUCACAUGUCCAUAUACUUUCU